CUGAGAAGUCAAGAAUUGCAUAAUAUUCCAGCCUCAUGUUUGAUUCGAUUUUUUUGUGGUUUAAUCGUUGAGUUUCUGUUUAAUCAAGUUUAAUGCAUUGUUUAAAGACCUGACCUUCAGAAUCAUGGUUAAUUGUAAGAGUGCAACAUUCUUUUCAUUAUUAAUUGUCAUUUUAUCUUGGAAUGAAAUCGUAUGUGCAGAAGAUAGAACUGGCAGAUCAGAUUUCGUGUAUGGAAAUAAAUCUUUAACUCGCAUUGCAUUUGGUAGUUGUAUGAAUGGGAUGUUCAAUGGAUCCAAAUGGUAUCAGAAGCCUCAGCCUGUGUGGAAGCAUAUCUUAGAACAACAUCCAGAUCUGUGGAUAUGGCUUGGCGAUGCUGCAUAUGGCGAUACAAGAUUAUUGCCAUUCCUUUGGACUGCAUCACCAUUGCCACUAAUGGCUAACUACUUCAGAAGGCAGAAGAACCACCCGGAUUAUCAGGAAUUUCUCAAAUCUAACACAAGCAUCGUUGGUAUCUGGGAUGACCAUGACUAUGGAAUGAAUGAUGGUGGAAAGAAUUUUCGAAACAGACUUCAGACUCAAAACAUCUUCUUAGAUUUCCUUGAUGAACCUCUGGACAGCAUGAGACGCAGACGCGAGGGAAUGUACGUCUCGUAUACUUUUGGUCAUGGUGAUACAGCGAUAAAGUUGAUAAUGCUAGACAUACGAUCAUUUGCUGUGUAUGGUUCAAAAUGUGAUCUGUUGGGAAGUGACCAAUGGAGGUGGCUCGAGAGUCAGUUGGAUGAUCAAACACCCGUUGCUUUGACAAUUGUUACCAGUGGAAUACAGAUUUUGCCAAAUUCAAUUAAAGGACUGCAAAGUUGGGAUGACUGUCCGCCUAGCUAUGAUCGGCUAAUCUGGCUUACUCAGAGCCGCAACAAGGUCAUUUAUCUAAGUGGCGAUGUCCAUUUCGGUGAAACAUCUUGUCUUAAUAGUUCGUCGUCAGGAUAUCCGUUGUACGAAUUGACAUCUAGUGGUCUUUAUAUGGCUUGCACAAUCCCUCUAUUUAAUUUCGAGCAGUGUGUAUGGUCAAUAAGGAAUGCCGUUGGGAACGAUUUCCGCAUAACCGAUCCUGUGGUUGAGAGAAAUUUUGGUUUAGUUGAGAUAGAUUGGAGCUCAAAUCCUACGACAGUUAAACUUCAAAUAUUUGGACAAAAAGGAAGCAUUGUUUCUGAAGUAGUUAUUAACUUAGACCAUAUAACAAAGAAAGUGAAUGCUGCCAAAUGUCCGGAUAUCAAAAGACCAGAAGCAUCUUUAGCAAAAAUUUACCUGUAUUGGGCAGUGUUAGGAUUAAUAAUUAUAUUAGCAAUACUUGUAGUUUUAGCUAGUACCAUUUUCAUCCUCUACAAGUUGUUCGUAUCGCUACGCUAUUUAGGAAAAUGUCUAUGGAAAUCUAAUCAUAAUUCAAAACCUAAACAAAAACGUUCUUAAUACUUUAAAUUUUCAAAUUUAAAGUAAAAACUUUUCAAAUUUUAUAAAAUUAUUUUUUUAUUAUAAUAAAUUAAUAAUAUGUUGGCUGGGAACGAUUUAAGAUGAAUGACGGGUAUAAACAAUAUAUAGUUGUUGGUGCAAGAUUCUGUUUUAUUUCAGUUUCACCACAAUGGUCCACUGUCGGACAUUUGAUUAAAACGUCUUGACGGGAUGAAAUUUAAAAUCAUCGCAUCGUUAAGAAUACAAUGCAAAAACACAAUGUGUUGAUAAAUUCUGUAAUUAGAAAUAAUUAGAAAUGUAAUGAGGUAUAUCCAAU